UGGGAUAUUAAUAAUUUCGUCACGCUCCACCACACCUCACACACCCUCUUUCUUCCCAAUUCUCUCUUAUUCCCCCUUUUCCUCUCCGAACCCUCCGAUCACACACUCUCACGCGCUCCCACCUAUAUCUCCUCCUCCACCGUCGCUCUCUCCAACUACCACAACAACAUCAUCAUCACAUGGCGAACGCGGCAUCAGGUAUGGCAGUCCAUGAUGACUGCAAGUUAAAGUUUUUGGAGCUCAAGGCAAAGAGGACAUACCGUUUCAUAGUGUUUAAGAUUGAGGAGGUUCAGAAGCAAGUCGUUGUGGAGAAGCUUGGUGAGCCAGCCCAAGGCUAUGAAGAUUUCACUGCUUGCCUUCCUGAGAACGAGUGCCGCUAUGCUGUUUAUGAUUUUGAGUAUCUGACUGAAGGGAAUGUCCCUAAGAGCAGGAUUUUCUUCAUUGCAUGGUCCCCCGAUACAUCAAGGGUGAGGAACAAGAUGAUUUAUGCAAGCUCCAAAGACAGAUUCAAGAGGGAGCUGGAUGGAAUUCAGGUAGAGUUGCAAGCAACUGAUCGUACUGAGAUGGGUCUUGAUGUGUUCAAAAGCCGUGCCACCUAAAUCCAUUAUAAAUAGUAGGCUUUCGUGGGAGCUCCCCUUAAGCCUUAGUUACUCAUAUGGAAAUAUCCUAGUUUGUGGGAUGGUCAACUUCGGUAGUUAUGGUCCCAAACUCUCAAUUUUCCAAGUUGUGGCAUAAAUUCUAUUGCACUUUUGACAAGCUUUGCUUGUUCCAGUGUAUUUUAUUAUGAUUUGUGAUUUAUACAACCUUUGCGUUUGAGUGGCAUUUUAGUCGUCUUAUCCUUAUUAGUUGAAUUUGUAACUGUUUUGUGUGAUCAGACAAAAAUGGGGUUCUCUUCCGUGUCCACUUAUCUUCAUUUGGCCGAUAUAUGCUUUCUUUUGUAUGGGCAUACAGAGGCCUUAUGUUCAUGCUAUAUCCCUUUUUUUUUGUUAUGGUUUUGGUGGAAUGAGAUCUUGUUCAAUUGAUUGGCUUUUGCUGUCUUACUUGAAACCAGAGGACUCCAUUCGUAGCUUA